GUUACGAAAUGUGCAUUCAGUUGUCGAGUCAACAACGCGCCAAGCUACAUCGACAGCUCCUCCUGGCGCCUGACUCCAAGGCGGUCACACCCAAGGGCGUCUUACUGGCUAGCAAGGAGCUACAGGUGGUCUCCGCGCCCGUCACUUUGCCUGUGGUGUAUCAGAUGAUGCUGCAACACGUGCGGUCCAGCGCCGAUAUCCCCCUUCUGCAAAGGGCGUGCGGAGGCCUACAGGAGCCGCUGGUUUCCUACCUGCAACGCUGCACUAAGAUCUGCUGGUUCCUACAAACGCAUGAGCCGCCAAUCAUGCUUGACUUCACCGGAAGUAAGCCCGAACACUACGCUACCUACAUGGAGCAGACCUAUACAGGGGACCUGGACUAUGUUGUGUGGCCGGUUGUCAGGAGUCAGGAGGGCAGCGUUGGGUAUCUACUGCAGGGUUCAGCCAAGUUCCACAACUUUAAAACCACGGAGUCCCCUGCGAGACGCAGGCCAGUCCCGCCACCUCCCUCUCCGCAGCCUACCUCAGUGCCCUGGGAUGAGUACAGAAAAGAGGGCCUGUACUACUUCACUACAGACACAUAAAGAAAGCGUGCAUGUAUUACUUCACUACAGACACAAAGAAAGAGGGACUGUACUACUUCACUACAAACAUACAGAUAAGAGGACCUGUACUACUUCACUACAGACACAUAAAGAAAGAGGGAAUGUACUACUUCACUACAGACACAUACAGAAAGAGGACAUGUAUUACUUCACUACAGACACAUAAAGAAAGAGGGCCUGUACUACUUCACUACAGAUACAUACUGAAAGAGGGCCUGUACUACUUCACUACAGACACAUAAAGAAAGAGGGCCUGUAUUACUUCACUACAAACAUACAGAAAGAGGGACUUAACUGCUUCACUACAGACACAUAAUAAAAGAGGGACUAUACUACUUCACUACAGAAAUAGGACCUUUACUACUUCCCUACAGACACAUUAAGAAAGAGGGCUUGUACUACUUCACUACAGACACAUAAAAAGGGGGACUGUCCUACUUCACUACAGAAACUUACAGAGCCUGUACUACUUCAAUACAGACACAUAAAGAAAGAGGGCCUGUACUUCUUCACUACAGACACAAAGAAAGAGGGCCUGCACUACUUCACUACGGACACAUAAAGAAAGAGGGCAUGUACUACUUCACUACAGACAUAUACAGAAAAGGGGCAUGUACUACUUCACUACAGACACAUAAAGAAAGAGGGCCUGUACUACUUCACUAUGGACACAUAGAAAAAGGACAUGUACUACUUCACUACAGACAUAUACAGAAAGAGGGCAUGUACUACUUCACUACAGACACAUUAAGAAAGAGGGCCUGUAUUACUUCACUACAGACACAUACAGAAAGAUGGCCUGUACUACUUCACUACAGACACAUACAGAAAGAGGGCCUGUAAUACUUCACUACAGACACAUUCAGAAAGAGUGACUGUACUGCUUCACUACAGACACAUAAAAGAAGAGUGACUGUUCUACUUCACUACAGACAAAUAAAGAAAGAGGUCAUGUACUACUUCACUAAGGACAGAUCAAGAAAGAGGGCCUGCACUACUUCACUACAGACACAUAAAAGAAGAGGGACUGUACUACUUCACUACAGACACAUAAAGAAAGAGGGCAUGCACUGCUUCACUACCGAUAC